GAUGAAAGCGGCUUCAGUACAUAGAGAGGACUACAUCUCUUGCGAUCAACUUGCGUCCUGUUCCGAACGCUCCAAGUUGCAUCAAAGCGGGCACGUGCCGAGCGACUCCACAUUUCGAUUAAUCGCACCGCCACAGAAAUUGGCUCAGCCACAGCAGCCACAGUUUCUUUCGGAACGGCAAAUAAAAUAAAAUUCCCCAAGAAACUUCAACUCCAUACAACGAGGGAUACCCAACGUCCCAGGAAGGACUCGCUCGCCGGUAUAAGGAAGAGAUAUCAUGGCGCCAGAGACAAAAUCAGAUGCACAGCGUCGCCGGCAAUGGGAUGCGCUCACUCCCGGAUUAUCAGAAUGGAUACUGGACGCCAUAAAAGCUAUGGGUUUCACCAAGACCACGCCUGUCCAGGAAGCCGCCAUUCCACUGUUCAUGGGGAAUAAAGAUGUAGUCGUCGAAGCAGUCACAGGGUCAGGAAAGACACUCGCCUUUCUUAUCCCCGUUGUUGAGCGGCUAUUACGUCUGGAUGCACCCAUCAAGAAGCAUCACGUCGGUGCUAUCGUCAUAUCUCCUACUAGAGAACUCGCCACGCAGAUACAUACAGUCCUGGUGUCACUAUUGAACUUCCACAGUCCGUCUGCUGCCCUCCUGAAGACUGAAGAGGAGGAAGAUAGCCCCAUGGCCGAUGCCGAUUCCACUCCCCUGCCCGUCUAUCCCGCUUCAACCCUCAAAGUCGUCCCCCAACUCCUCCUAGGCGGAUCCGUAACCCCGGCGCAAGAUCUCAGCACGUUUCUGAAGAAAUCCCCCAAUGUUCUCAUCGGCACCCCUGGAAGACUACUGGAACUCCUUUCCUCUCCCCACGUCCACUGCCCCCAAUCCUCGUUCGAUGUCCUCGUCCUAGACGAAGCCGACCGCCUCCUGGAUUUAGGAUUCAAAGAAGACCUCCAGAAGAUCCUUUCCCGCCUCCCCAAGCAGCGCCGUACCGGCCUCUUCAGCGCCAGCGUCAGCGAAGCCGUCGACCAACUCGUCCGCGUCGGUCUGCGCAAUCCCGUCCGCAUCGCCGUCAAGGUGAAAGCGCGAUCCAGCGCCAACGGACCCGAAGGCAGUGCGAAAAUCGAAGACAAGCGCACGCCCGCUAGUCUCCAAAUGUCGUACCUCAUCACACCACCCACGCACAAACUCCCGUCGAUUCAGAAGCUGCUCGCCUCGUUGAAUCCCACACCGCAAAAGACGAUAUUAUAUCUCUCAACCUGCUACUCGGUCGACUACUUCCAACACAUCCUCCCCGCCAUCCUUCCUGGGUUCACCCUAAUCCCACUCCACGGCAAACAUCCCGAUAAAGUGCGCCGCAAGAACUUCUCCAAAUUCAUCGACUGCAUGACCCCUUCCAUCCUCCUUACCACAGACGUAGCAGCCCGAGGCCUGGACAUCCCCUCCGUCGAUCUAGUCCUCCAACUCGACCCUCCCUCCGACCCAAAGACCUUCAUCCAUCGAUGUGGCCGUGCAGGUCGCGCAGGCAGAAAAGGCCUAGCAGUCACCUUCCUCACUCCCGGCAGAGAAGAAGACUACAUCGAAUUCCUGCGCGUCCGACAGACGCCCAUCUCCCCGCUAACCAACCCCUCCAUCUCCAUCUCCGCCCCCGAAGCCCAGCGCCUCACGGAAGAGAUCCGCGCCGUCGUCCGAACCGACCGCGCCAUCUUCGACAAGGCGCAGCGCGGCUUUGUCUCCUGGGUCCGCGCGUACAGCAAGCACACUGCGAGUUCGAUUUUCCGCAUUGCCGAUCUGGAGUGGGCCGAGUUGGGCAAUGCGUGGGGGUUGCUGAGGUUGCCGAGUAUGCCCGAGUUGAAGAAGUGGGAGGGGGAUCGGAGUUUGGGGGUAAGUAUCGAUUGGGAUGCUUUUGCGCAUAAGGAUAAGGUGAGGGAGAAGCAGAGGUUGGCGGAGUUGAAGGGUGAGGGUGGUGGGGAGGAGAAGACGGCGACCAAGAAAGUGCAUGGCGGCAAGAAGGAUAGGAGGGAGGCGGCUUGGACGCAGAAGAAGGAUCAGCGCGCGGCGAAGGAGGUGCGGAGGGAGAAGAAGCAGGCGAGGAGGGAGCAUGAGCGGGUCAAGAAGAUGAGCGAGGAGGAGAAGGCGAAGGAGAGGGAGUUGAAGAGGAUGAUUGAGGAGGUGAGGAAGAAGAACCAGGUGCAGGAGGAGGAAUUCGAGGGGUUUAGCGAUUGAAGUGCUAGCAUGGUCGUUGAAGAAGAAGGCUCCAUUUUAGAGUUACAAUACUAUACAACUACAUGCGAGAAGCCGACAUCUGAGCACACAUUGCCCUUCUACUCUUCCGUUGCGUAAUUGUGCCCCCUAAUCACCUCCAACCCGCCCAUGAACGGCCUCAACACCUCCGGAACCGUCACCGUAGCAUGAUCUUCAUCCCAAUGGUUCUCCAGAAUCGCCGCCAACACCCUCGGCACCGCCAACGCUGUCCCAUUCAGCGUAUACGGGAAAU